AUGUUUGAAAAGAAGCCUAGUGCCACUUUUAGCGCGGAAAAUUCACCUCCAUACGAAAAAAAAGUUAUAAGGGCAGAGACUUCAGAGGCUGUGGAGGCUCCAGUCGAAAAGAAGUCUGGGGAGGCAGAGGUUCCAGUCGAAAAGGAGCCUGCGGAGGCAGAGGUUCUAAUCGAAAAGGAGCCUGCGGAGUCAGAAGUUCCAGAAGCCAUGGAAGCUCUAGAGCUUGUGGAGGCAGAGACUCCAAAGGCUGUGGAGGCUCCACUUGAAAAGGAGUCUGCGGAGUCAGAGGUUCCAGAAGCCAUGAAAGCUCUAGAGCUUGUGGAGGCAGAGACUCCAGAGGCUGUGGAGGCUCCAGUUGAAAAGAAGUCUGCGGAGGCAGAGGUUCCAGAAGUUAUGGAAGCUCCAGAGCUUGUGGAAGCAGAGAUUCCAGAGCUUGUGGAGGCAGAGACUCCAGAGGUUGUGGAGGCUUCAGUCGAAAAGGAGUCUGCGGAGGCAGAAGUGCCAAAAGCCAUGGAAGCUCCAAAAUUUGUGGAGGCAGAGACUUCAAGGACGGUGGAGACUCCUAAUGAAAAGAAGGAUGUAAGAGCAGAGGCUCCAUAUGAAAAGGACUCUGUAGAGGAUUGGAGAAGAGGAAAGUUGGCAAUAAGGGGACUCACCAAGACUCAAAAGAGGCGAGCUCAAAGAAGAAAGUUGGAGACUCGUAUGGAGGAGGGAUGGUCACAUGAGCUGUCUCCUAAAGAAAAACAGAUGGAAGAGUUGCUUCCAAAAAAGAAGCAAACUAUGGAGCCACUUCCAGAAAGAAAUCAGGCUGCAGAGCUGCCAAGGAAGCAGGCCAUGGAGCCGCUAAAGAAGCAGGCUGUGGAGCUGCUUUCAGAGAGAAUAGGCUAUGAAGCCACUUCAAGAAAAGAAACAGGCUAUGGAGCCGCUUCCAGAAAGAAAACAGGCUGCAGAGCCGCCAAGGAAGCAGGCUGUGGAGCCGCUUUCAGAGAGAAAGGAAGUUGUGGAGCCGUUUCAAGAAAGGAAGCAGGUUGUGGAACAGCUUCCAGAAAUAAAGCAGGCCAUGGAGCCGCCAAUGAAGCAAAGAGAAAGCAGACUGUUGAGCUGCUGUCAGAAAAGAAGCAAUAUGUGGAACCGCUAAGGAAGCAGGUUCCGCUUCAAGAAAGAAAGCAUGUUAUGGAACCACUAAGGAAGCAAGUUGUGGAGCCUCUUUCAGAAAGAAAAAAGGUUGUAGAGCCACUUCCAAAGAGAAAGCAGGCUGCGAAGCCGCUAAGGAACCAAGUUGUGGAGUCUUUUCCAAAAAUGAAGCAAGUGGAGGAGCUUCCGGAAGAAUUCAAAGCUCCGGAAGAAUUUCAAGAGUUAGAGGAAGUUGUUGUUGACGAGGAGCCUAUCUUCGAAUGGAAUGAUGUGGCAACCAUGAUAGAAUUUAAGAGGCUCGGGCCUGGUCAAAACCAACAUGUCAAGCCUUUGCACAUUCGGGUCUCGAUUAAUGGCUUUCCGCUUGACCAAGUUCUGGUGGACAGUGGAGCUUCUGUGAAUGUGUUGCCAAUUGAGACCCUACGGAAGUUCGGAAAGACUAAUAACGAUUUGAUUUCUACAUUUGUACGGCUUACCAAUUUUAUAAGGAAUUCUUACAAACCAGCAGAUAUAAUCACUUUGAGUGUGCAAGUGAGGGACAAAGGAAAUAUCAUCAACUUUCAUAGUGAUCGAUAG